AUGCCAAUGCUCGCAGGAAAGCCUAUCACCCAGAACGGCCUGGGCCUCAUGCAUGAUGUGACUCCUGAUGAAAAGGCCUUCAAGAUCCUGAAAGCUGCCCUCGCCGCCGGAGUCAACGUCUGGAAUGGUGCCGAUUUCUGCGGCACACCUGACAACAACUCCCUCCAUCUGAUGAACCGCUACUUUACCGCGUACCCCGAAGAUGCUGAAAAGGUCGUACUGUCAAUCAAGAUGCGCAGCUUCGUAGACCGCGCGAACAAAAUCCUCGACGGGAAGAAGAAAAUCGAUAUAUUCGGCUGUGCCCGUGUUGACAAGAGUGUGCCCAUCGAAGAGACCGUCGGAGCUCUAGCCGGGCGCGCAGCAAAGGUCACACAGAUCGACAUGGUCGAGGCGGAGAUUAGCCUGUGGGCUACCGACGUCUUUGAGAAUGAUGUUUCGGAGACAUGUGCCCAGCUAGGAAUCAUUAUGAUUGCCCAUACUCCUCUGGGGGCUGGUAUGCUCACGGGCCAGAUUAAGAGCCUCGAUGAUAUGCCUGCCAAUGAUUAUCAUCGAUUUUUUCCCACGUUUUCAGCCUGA